CUGCACGCCGGUGUCUCCCUGGUUGCGCAAGACGCCAUUUUGGAGUGACAGUGAAAGAUAACCGAAAGAUCAAGAAACUGUCUUUCUGAAGCUUUGUCAUCAUGGGGAAUGUAUUUGCAAGCUUAUUCAAGGGCCUGUUUGGCAAGAAAGAGAUGCGAAUUCUAAUGGUUGGACUCGAUGCUGCUGGAAAAACAACUAUCCUAUAUAAACUGAAGCUUGGAGAGAUUGUCACCACCAUUCCUACCAUUGGUUUUAAUGUUGAAACGGUAGAAUACAAGAACAUCAGCUUCACUGUGUGGGAUGUGGGCGGUCAGGACAAAAUCAGGCCGCUGUGGCGCCACUACUUCCAGAACACUCAAGGGCUUAUUUUUGUGGUGGACAGCAAUGACCGGGAGCGAGUGAACGAGGCAAGAGAGGAGUUGUCCAGAAUGCUUGCUGAGGAUGAACUCAGAGACGCUGUUCUGCUCGUUUUUGCAAACAAACAAGAUCUCCCCAACGCCAUGAAUGCUGCAGAGAUCACAGACAAGCUGGGCUUACAUGCUCUCCGUCAGCGCAGCUGGUACAUCCAGGCCACCUGUGCCACCAGUGGGGACGGCUUGUACGAGGGCCUGGACUGGCUUUCCAACCAGCUGAAGAACCAGAAAUGAUCCAUUCCUCAGUUUUGAAAUAUUUUUUUUUAAAUUUUUUUUCCCUGUUUCAACACAGCGGCAGCACCGGACCUUGCCCCCUCUGCUUCCCAUCUAACCCCAUUCCCUGCCCCAGCUCUUUCUUUCAAGAACUUCCCUCAAUCUCC